AUGCCUUCGGCAGUCCCCAUUGAGAAUGCAACUUCAGUCCUACAGGAAGGCUCACCGCACCGUUCGCGGCGCGUCUCUCUGCGCGUCUUGAAUCGAAAUAUCGGCCGAGUUGUUCUGGGAAAUCUUGCCUUUGAUACAUGGUACUACUCACCGUACCCUGACAAUAUAGUCCUUGGGCCCGACACAUCAACUGCCAAAUACACGCCAGGGUCUGCCGCGGACUUGCGCCAGGCUACCGCACAUGCCGACGGUGCAGGACAGCCACAGUGCGAGCGUUUGUAUGUAUGUCCAUGCUGCUUCCUCUACACUCCCAAGGAGCAUGAUUUUGCGCAGCACUUGGCAAUUCAUCGAACGCGACGCGAACAGGGCCUUGAGACCCAACCGCUGCCGGAGUCGGCGGUGAAAGUGUACGAAUGGGAGGGCCACGCCGUCUGGGAAAUUGAUGGCGAACGAGAAAAAUUAUACUGUCAGAAUCUCUCACUGUUUGGCAAAUUGUUUCUGGAGCAGAAAUCUGUGUUUUUCGACACAAGCGGCUUCAAGUAUUAUGUGUUGACCUACACGAAACCCGAGCCCAGUAUACCGGUGACAAAGGGCAGAGGUCGGAAACGAAGUUCGUCAGUGCUCGAGGAUGAUGUCUUGUACCAGAGCCAAGUGCUGGGUUUCUUCUCCAAGGAGAAUUUGUCGUGGGACGGUAACAAUCUAGCAUGUAUCCUGGUCUUUCCACCUUUCCAGCACCGACAACUGGGACAGUUGCUGAUGUCCGUCUCAUACAAACUGAGUGGAUGGGAAUGGGAAGGAGGGGUGAUUGGAGGGCCCGAAAAACCCCUGAGUGCGAUGGGCCGCAAGAGCUAUCUGAGGUUCUGGUCGGAGCGACUUGCACGGUUUUUCAUGGGGCAAAGCGCCGAUGCGGACGCCAAAAAGGUGUUUCACCAGAGAAAGAAGACCAUCCAUCCAAGGAGAGAAGAGAUGACGGUCAAAGAAAUCGGAGAGCGGACAGGGAUGCUGGGCGAAGAUGUCGUUGCUGCCUUGAACGAGAUGGGCAUUCUCAAAGUGGUCCCCUCCAAACGGAAAAACAGGACAUCAAGCGAAAUGAACGGAAACAACGCCCACGGCGAGGCGGAGGCGGAGCAAGAGAUGGCCACCAUGGUUAUCAACAGGUCGAAAGUGGUCGAGUGGGCCGCAGAGCACAAUGUCAACCUGACCAGCCCUGUCCGUGAGGAAGGAUUUUUGGGCGAAUGGGCGUUGAGUGAUGUCGACGAGUCUGGCGUUAGUGACGCGGAAGACGCAAAUGGCAAUGGAACUCUGGCAUAG